GUAAAACUAAAAAGAGACUAAAAGAUAAAAUCACUUCCCAAGAGAAAAAUGAAUUUUGGUAUUUACGAACAAUCCUUCAAGCACUCCAAUUCCCUCUCUCCGGUCUGCUUCAUCGAGAUUUUGCAUUGGGCGUUUCCCGUUUGAGCUUCAAGAAACUUCAGUAAUGGAGAUGGAGAAGAAAGAGAUGGCUUCUAAAUCCUCUACUCCCAUAUCUAUUCCAGAGGCGUUCUUUCUCCACCUAAUCUCCACCCUAGGCCUAGCCCUAGCUUUCUGGAUUGCUCAUUACAUCUUCUCCACCGAUCUCAUCUCCGAUCCUUCUCGUACUCUCUUCUUCAUUUUGGUCGUUCAAUCUCCCAUUGUGAUUCUUCUUUACAGCCGGUAUCGUACGGACCGACACCAAUGCUCGUACUUGAAAGCUGUGGCACGAGGAUUGCUUGGGCUCCCUACUGGUGCUAUUAUUAAUGCCUUUGGAGCGAUAGUUCUAGGCGCUCCUAUUGGUGCUCAAUAUUUCUUGAAGACCCUUAACUGGUCACUUGUGAUGUCAUUGUUCAAUAUCGUGCCUUCAGCAUGUGUCUUUGGUUCAUCGUGGAUAGAUUGGCAGCGCCUAUUUGCUUACACAAAGCCAAUUGGAACUAUUGAUCACAUGAUAUGCAUUCCAGCACAUGGUGCCAUUAUUGGAGCGUGGUUUGGCGCAUGGCCCAUGCCACUUGAUUGGGAAAGGCCAUGGCAGGAAUGGCCAAUUUGCGUGACUUAUGGGGCAAUACUCGGCUACUCAAUUGCAAUGGCAGCAUCCUUGGUUCUCUCACACCAGAGGGGUUUGCAGCAUGUUAAAAGAGACUAACUACUCAGUAUUCUGUUCUAGGUGUAGAUUAGAAAAUUUCAAUCAAAUGAUGCUCCUUUCUAGAACUUCUCACCAUUCAUUUUCUUUCUGAUAUCUACCAACACACAUGAGCUGUUUCUUUGCAGCCAUGUACAAUGCUGCACGAAAACCCCCUCUUUUUCUCUUCCAAUGGGGACUUCUACAUGUGAAUUGUCUCUCAAUAUAAUAUGGUGUGCUAAAAUGUGUAGAUAUUUUUUCCUUUUA